ACCCCUCAUGGUUUAGAGAAAACUACUGACACUACGGUCAUGCUGCGUACUAAAAAUUAUACCAGUGGUGUAGUAUCGAUAAUCCAGGUACUUAUUUCGGAUCCAUGAAUCUCUUAUCAGCAAUUAAUUGUUCUUUUUGCGCGUUUUUUUCUUCCUAGUGGAAAAUUUUACGAGUUUUUCCCUUGGUGAUCGAUCAACUUCAAAUAACGUUUGGAAAAAAUAUCAUUAGCGAAGUUCGAAUGGAAGUUGAACAACAUCAAGAACUAGAAAUGGCUCAAGUAGCCUCAAAAGUGUAUGAUAUUAUCCAUCCGACUCCAGUAUCGUUGAAACAACUAUCGGCAAUCACCAUUAGUCUAGAAUUAUGGCGACGUAAAUUGAAUGAAUAUCGCACGACUAGAAAAUUGGAGGAAUUUGACACAUGCAGGCUACGAAAAGAAACUGCCUGGAUGAAUACUCUGCUUCCUGAUUUACCGUCCACGAUUUACAAGACGAUCGAAGAUGUUGUCUCAAGAUUUGGGUAUUCGAUAGGAUGUUGGGGAUCUCAGCAUUUCAGUGCAGGAUUUUGUUUUCGAUACGAUGUAGGUAAUAAGAACUAUGUUUUAGAAGACUUCGAUGAUUUUGUGUGCGAUUACGACGGCUCUAUUGAUUAUGCGAAGACAGCCGAACGUAUGAUGCGUUGUGAACGAUUCAAUUCUGAAAUGAAGUUUAUAAUCGCUUGUUUGUAUUGCUUUGAAGACGAUAUCAGACGAAUUUGGCCAUCUGUAUCGAGAAACAUGAACGUAUAUUUUACUGAUUUUGACAAAUGGCCGCAAUUAUAUUACUGGAUUUGCCGUCUCUCGAAUAACCUAGACAAAAUAAAAACUUUUAGAACUCUAAACGACCAAAUGUUAAUGUCAUAUACGAGUUUGUUUUAUAAUAGAUCUUGGGUGGAGUAUUUUUGGAAUCGUAUACCUCUCGAAUAUCGAAUUUACAGUACUGUUACCUACUUAGAUAGUUAUCAUUUUGUUAGAUUCAUUUUACCAAAACUGGAUGAUGAGCAGCUUGAUAAAUACGUCAAUGAUGGGUAUGGUGCUCGUGAUGGUUAUUGGUUGUAUAUCAUGUUUAUGGAUCUUAAUUGCGAUGAAUGGGUCGUCCUGAGAACUUGGCACCGUAUUAGAAACAUUAUAAAAGAAAGUAUUUUUACAAAUUUGAUCGUUCAUAUGUUAGAAAUUCAGGAUACUGUUGAUGACGAGCACGAACAGGAGACGUGGAAAUAUUUGUGUUGUCAGAUAUGGAACCAUUCACCUGCUACUUUGAAAUCAUCGGUAAUCAGAGUUAUCUCUUCCGACAAUAGCUGGUUGGAAAAUUUUGAUCAGAUAAAAAACCCUGAGCUGCUAUUGACUAUUCUGCGAGAUGCAUCUUUGGAAGAAAAAAACUUAUUCUUGCGUAAUUGCUGGAGUGAGUUAUUUCAACAAGUUGGAAGAAAAUAUGUGCAAAAAGUGAUCGAAUUAUGCUUCGAGGACGAAGAUGAGAUUAAUCAGUUCAAGCAAAACCUCCUGAUUAACAGCAGAGAUGUGCUUCAAUUCUGUGUUGCAUUAUUGAAAGAUUCGUGUUUCGAAGUAUUGAAUGCAUUUGUGAGGUUCUGUUGUACCGAAUUGCAAGCAGCGAGAAAUCUUAAACAACGAAUACUGCGGUCGGCUUUUCUCGAUGGUGAUUGCAAACUUAGUCCUGACCAUAUCCGUAGAAUCGAAGACCUCAAAGAAUUUGUUAAUGAUGCUUUCGACAACGUUGAUGAGUUUAAAAAUCUGCUGGUUUUUUCCUCUUCAUUUAUGUGGCGUUUAUGGUACCUGAUUUUCUACGAACGUGUUUCUUCGGAAACGAUCGUCAAAUUUAUUACUACCCUGUUUUCAACGGAAGAAACAGUAAUGCAAGUCAAAAAUAGUUUGAUUGAUUCGUUUAAAGAACGUUUGGCGAAUAACGUCUAUCUACUUAGUGACUCUGAGUUGAACCCGAUUUUAUUAUGGUGUUUGGGAAGUAACGAAGCAGUUGAAGAAUUCAAACUGAACUGCUCUUCGCUGUAGAGCCAGAUGGCCGUGGAAAUCUAGCCAGUGUGUUUGUGAUUUUUUAUUCUAAAUCAAAGUUAUGUUAUGUUAUUAGGUUUUUUACGUAUUUUUAAUUCUUUUAAUUUGAUUUACUUGCUUGAAAAUUUCAUGAGAUUGUCGAAGAUGUGAAAGGUUUUUAUGUACCUUUUACGUCUUGUAUCUGCGAGUUUCAGCUAGUUAAUGAUUUUUGUGAGAAAUUCAAGAAUACUGAGCGAUUGAUUCGAGCUCUUUUAAUCGUAUUCAGGCAGUUUUGCAUAGUUUAAAAUUUUUCUCUCAUUUUUGUUUGUUAAUUUAAUGAAGGUUUGAAUCCUGUUACUGCAGUUCAAUUUCAGACGAAUCUUCAAAAUUUUUGUUGCUAUUUUUACGAUCCGUUUCACAAUAAGUAGUACUUCUACUCGUACUUAUGUUUCAUUUAUGUAUAUAAAUAGUUUUUUUUCCAUUAU